AUGUCAUCCAACCAGCUCGUCGAUUGUCCAAUCUGUAGCAAGCCCGUCAAGGAGCUAAAUAUCAAUCGACAUAUCGAUUCUGGUUGUGAAUCUUUUAUCGACGAUUCACCUCCACCAACUCAGCAGAAUGCUCCCAAAUCCACUCAGGUCGCCAGCUUCUUUCAGACUCCGGCAGCCAAGCGAACUCAGUCCAUUCCUACCUCUACACAACCCUUGAAUGGUGCUGCAUUUCCAAAGCCUACUCAAACACCCAUCACAACUACAAAAAGGCCCCUGGAGGAUAUUAAAGACGAAGACACUCUUCAUCCUUUGCCUAAAAAGUCUAAAAAUGGCAACCUUGAAAAGGCUGCCCCUUUGGCUGAGCGUAUGCGACCUCAGUCGCUAGAUGAGGUUCAAGGUCAAGAGCUUGUAGGCCCAAGAGGCAUCUUGCGCUCCUUGAUUGAAACUGAUCGGGUGCCAUCCAUGGUGCUAUGGGGUGGACCAGGAACAGGAAAGACGACCAUCGCUCGAUUGAUAGCCAAAACUGCUGGAAACCGCUUCGUCGAGAUCAACAGUACUUCUUCAGGUGUCGCAGAAUGCAAGAAACUCUUCGCCGAUGCUCGCAACGAGCUUUCUCUCACUGGUCGCAGAACCAUCAUCUUUUGUGACGAAAUCCAUCGUUUCAGCAAAAGUCAGCAAGACGUAUUUUUGGCCCCUGUCGAGAGUGGCGUCAUCACCUUGAUUGGUGCAACAACAGAAAACCCCAGCUUCAAGGUCAUAAAUGCUCUUCUGUCGAGGUGUCGAACCUUCACUCUUGCCAAACUUGAUGACGAGCAUAUCACAGCUAUUCUGAAGCGUGCUCUGACCAUUGAACCUCCGUCAACACCGCACGCUGCAAAUUUGUUGGAAGGGAAUGACUAUGCACUGCUUCGUUAUCUUGCCAGUUUUGCUGAUGGCGAUGCACGUACGGCACUGAACCUUCUCUCUCUUGCUCUGGAUUUAUCUAAUGAUCCCGAAACCACUGUCGAGACCGUCAAAGAGAACUUGACUCGGACGUUGGUAUAUGACCGUCAAGGCGACCAACACUACGAUACAAUCAGCGCCUUCCACAAGAGUGUUCGAGGCAGCAAUCCUGAUGCGGCCCUCUACUAUCUCGCUCGUAUGCUUCAGUCUGGUGAAGACCCUGUCUAUAUCGCGCGACGAAUGGUAGUAAUGGCUAGUAAGGAUAUUGGUCUUGCAGAUAACACUUUACUACCAUUAGCUACAGCAGCUUAUACCGCCGCCAAAGAAAUCGGUAUGCCGGAAUGCAGGAUAAAUCUGGCUCAUGCAGCGGUCGCACUUGCCGAAGCACCAAAGUCUACACGCUCGUAUCGAGGUCUCAACGCUGCAUAUGCUGCUCUUGCAGAACCUGGAGUCGCAGGAUUGCCUAUUCCGAUUCAUCUUCGUAAUGCUCCUACCAGGUUGAUGAAAGAGUUGGGUUAUGGCAAAGAAUACAAGUACAACCCGGAUUAUAAGAACGGCAGAGUAAAUCAGGAAUACUUUCCGGAGAAGCUACAAGGCAAGGUCUUCCUCCCCGAAAAUCAUCUUGGGGAUAAAGUUGAUCCCGACCUCCCUCCUGGUAUGGAGCAGGAGCAGGAGCAGAGUCAACCUGCAGACGACGAAGACGUACCAAAGGAAUGGUCAGCUGAAGAUGAUGAAGCUGUUGCAGACGGCGACGAUCUGCAUGAUACCGUGGGCGAAGAAGACGGCAAUGAUGAAGAGCGCAUACUCAACCCUGAUGGUGAAUGA